AUGGGCGCCUCGGACGAAUCAUUCCUCCCACAGAUCAUAGGACUCUUCUACGCCACAUUCGAUCCUCGUCUCGGUCCUGUAAUACUUCAUCAAGUUCCAGAGAACCUCAUCACUUCUUCAGCCAAAGAUGACAGGUCUCAAUCUCGCUCACAGUCUCGUACAACUUCAACUUCCGAAUCACAUUCCCACUCUCACUCUCGCUCUCGACAUCGUUCCCCAUCAAUCGUCCAAUCGCUCCCGUCCUCUCAUAAACCCCGCGACCGUACUAUGCUGGACUUCGGUCCGAUCUCCGAAUAUGUCAUUCCGAAAAAAUCAUUACACGGAAAACUCGUCUCCCUUCUCACGGUCGGAUGGGAGGAUGGAGAGAAAACCGAGUUUAGAGUGUUAGGCUUCCCAACGGCUUUGACCGACACCGAAGGGAGAUAUACUAGGAAUGAGUACAUAUGGAAUCUGUGCUUUGUCUUCAAAGCCAUGGCUAGUCUGGAUGCAUAUGAGCCAGUGGUGAGGAAGUGUGCUCGGAUUUUGAGAAGUGCAGAGAUCGACUCGGCUUAUCUGUCGUCCCCUGCGGCGGAUCAUACCAACCUCCACGCGGUCCUGGAACAAUUGUUUGAGGAUCUCAACUCGUAUUCUGAAACUUCCAUUCCACUGGACGGGUUCAAUUCCCUGGAGCUCAAACUUUUCCCCUUCUAUCCCAAUCCGCCAGUCUGCGAAGACUGGCAUGUUCCAAUAGCGCUUGUUGAUCUUAACGCCCUCAAAGACGAUAAUUGGGAUAUCACCGCUGCCCGCGUGUCUGAGUUUAUCGAUGGGGUCAACCACGUUCGAAAGAUUGCCCAGUUGGCGAAUGCUGACCCGGCGUUGACGCGUGAGACCAUUCGACAUAUGCUAUUCUACCAAGUGGUUAUGUUGGUCGACAUCUUCCAAUUUUCCAACUCAUAUACCCUCAAGCCCUCCAUCACCCAUCUCGCAGCGGACGAAACUAUCAUCCGAGAAUGUGGUCCCUAUUCUACCCUUCCUUCGUAUACACCACCAUUUUGGCCCGUCCUUCUUUCCUUAUAUUCCAAACUCCAGUCUGGUCUCAGCGUACAUCGAUGGGCAGAGGAAAAUUCGGUCAUACAACUCGGUAUUGAUCCACGGCGAUUCGUCUCGUUUGGUAUCAUUAAAGGUUUUCUUCGAAGAGUUCAUCGUUGGCCCCUUUUAGUAGAUCGUGAAAAAGCCACUGGCUCCCCUUUGGUGGGUAACGAAUCAAGACGUAGAGUAGAGUUUGAUAAAACCACUCGACCCAGUUCAAGUACGAAUCUACGAGAUGGAAAAGGGGAAUCGACCUUUACGCUCCGGUCAACAGAGUCGAAUGCUAGCUUGGGACUUGGAAUCAGUCCAGCAAGUCUGAUGCCUAUGUCAAUAACAGGACAUGGACGGACACCACCGAACGCUUUAUCUCCAAAAAGAGGUAUGGCAAUGACCAGCAGUACCGGGGGGAACUUGGGAAGGUCGAUGGUGUCUGCAGAAACACAUAGCACGGGGCGAAGAGGGAUACGAAGUGGGGCUUUGAGGGUCAAAGAAGAUAGAGUAGAUGAUGAGAUGUUAGGAUAUUUAGAUGGUAGGCAUCAUACGGAUGAUAUUCAGGUACGAUUUAAUGUAGGCUGGGUGCAACUAGAGAAGAUCUUAGGGUUGGACGGAAUGAUCGGGGGGAAGGGCAAGAAGGGCGUCACAAUCAUCUAUCGGUAG